GACUUCCUGAAACGGAUUUCUAUUGCAAGAUCCCGGGUCCAAGGGGAGUUUACGGAGGGAAAGGGACUGAGAGCGCCGUCAAGAGCUUGCCAUAUCGGCAAGGUUUUGGAGCUUAAGAUGCCGAAGAUCUAAGGAGAGCAAAAGGAGGAUCGAACGUCAGUCCCACAUCCUCUUCCCCGCCCCAUCCGUCUUGCUACUGCCAUGGGGAGAAGAAAAAUCGAGAUUCAGCCCAUCACACACGAACGCAAUCGUUCUGUCACCUUCCUGAAGCGUAAAAAUGGACUGUUCAAGAAAGCGUAUGAACUUGGGGUGUUGUGCAGUGUCGACGUCGCCGUCAUCAUUUUCGAGGAACGACCUGGCCACCCUGUCAAGCUCUAUCAGUACUGCUCUUCAAACAUUGAAAAUAUAGUUUCCCGUCAUCAAAGGCACGAUGGAGAACGUGACAGUAGAGGACCAGCUGAUUUUGCGGGCGGAAAUCCUGUCACUAAAAAUGAAGAGUCGUAUGACGAUGAAGUUGACGAUGAAGACGAUGUCCUUUUGCCGAAAAGAAAGCGACCGAACGAUGGGAAAUUCAAACCCGGUUCUGGAUAUGGUACAGCGGUCGGUGGCGACGGGGGAUAUGGUGUGCGGCCACAAGCAUCCAUAUCUCACAACUCCGGACUUCCUCUUCAUAGUACUGGUAGCAUUGAUCGGCAUUCGCCUAUCGGCACGAAUCUUCAGGCUCUCAGUGGUCUGAAAAGACCGAGGAUACCGACCAUAUCAACCCAAAGCAGACACGAUGUCGCCCCCCGCAACCCCAACAGCUCUUCUAGUGUCAGCACGAGUUACGAGUACCAGUCUCCUUCUUCGGCCAGUCCAUUUCGUCACCCGCCUCUCCAAGCAUCGUCGUCUUCAUAUAUGCCCAUUGCCAGUGAAUCGUUUUCUAGUUCCUCAAGGUCCUCUCAACCACCACCUUCUCGAGGUGCGGGAGCCGGGAGUGGUGGAUUCCCCCCUCGUAGCUCUUCAAGUUAUGACACGGCGGCCGGCAUAUACAACACGUCCAUGAGACACAGUCACAGUUCGGGUACUAGUGGGAACGGAAGCACCAGUCUAUUCAACUUCCUCGACCACCCAGACUCUUCGCACAGUCGAAACCAGACUUCGCCUGGCUUCCCGAACAUCGAUUGGCCGGUUCAUAACACUUCAAGCACCUCCCAAAGCAGUGGUAGGCGCGAUACGUGACCACCAGGGGAAAGGAACGUUCUGAUAUAAGGAUGUCGCCGGCGUUUCUGUAGGUGACGCUGUCGACCAUCACGUUUCUAAUGAUGAUAAUGUCUGGGUUGGCUUCUUGUCGGGCAGUUCGGCCGCAGGCGGGAACGGCUGCACUAUUAGUCCUGUCCGUGGCAGGUGUUCUGUUGACUGUGUCCUUGGAUAAGAAACCGGAGUAUCGGGUAUCGGACUGAGAUGCCGAUGCCUCGAGCUUUGAACAGACUCUGUUAAAACUGCGAAGAUGCAAUUCAAUUCUGGAGAGUUUUCCCCUGUUUGUAAUGGACUUCAGUGAGAUAAAAAAAGUAGUGAUAAAAAAGGUCAGGACGUAUGGCGCAUACCGGAACAAAUUCCUUCUGGAGCUUCUUUGUGUGUAGUCAUUCGAAUGUAUAAGCUCUACAUCAUAUAACAUAUGAUACACGUACAAGACUGAGAAACGACCCAAUACAAUAUAGCCCAAAAUACAACACACCGGUAAAAGGAUUGAACAACACGGAACAAUAUCAAUUUGAAUAACCUCCAAGAUCAUCGGAACCUUCGGAUACCACUGCAGUGGCUUGGUCAACAUGUUCAGGUUCAUUUUCACUCUGUUCACUCGGAGUGCGGGCCCUUAUGCGAGAACGAGUUGUGCGGGCGCUCCGACGCUGAGGCGCCUUCGUUUGUGCUGGUAACCGCUUUGACCUUCUAGAAUUAGAAAGAUGACAACACCAAAAUCCGACGCUAGAACUUACUUGGUCGUCGUGCCACGCUUCUUCCUUGAUGGGGAAGUCGGGAAAUUCCGUCCAGGAGAAGGAUGUGAGAUUCGCCUAAAGAUGGUAGAUCCAUUCAAGAUCGCGACGAAAGAGGCAGAGAACGAAAUGAAAGUGCAUACUUGGAUGACUUCUUCAUGGGUGAGACACUUAUGGGAGGAUGUAAAUCC